AUGGGCGAAGGCUCCAGCAGGCCGGAACCAGAAGAUCAUCCUAACAUCAAUUCGUACGGUUUUGAUACCGAUAUAGUUGGAGUAGUCAAUGCUCUUAAGGAAAUUGGGCAACCUAUAAGAACCGAUGAAUCCAAUGGUCUGAAAAGAGAGGUAGGCCGGUUGCUUAAAAACAGUUACCUGAAAGAUUUCCUAAGCAAGAAAGGAAAAGGAUCUGAAGUCAAAAGAGAAGCCCUACAAAGUCCGCCAGCUUCACCUUCACCCAAUGUCGUAAUCGGCGCUAUAUCAGAAGGAUAUAACAUAAGCGGAAUGACCUAUUCCAAUGCAAAAAAGAUAGCAAGGGUCGGCAUGUCAGCUUCCAGCAUCCCUCAAACCUAUCCCAGCAGAGAAGAGAAAGUGUUAGACGAAAUGAAGAUAAUAUUUGAUGAAAGAAGAUUCAAUGAGCCAGAACAUCAUGAUUGCCUGGUUAUCUCCCUCCAUGUUGGUCAUUGCAAAAUGAAAAGGGUGCUGGUAGAUAAUGGAAGCUCGACUAAUAUAAUAUUCAGAAAUGCCUUAAAUCAAGCCGGGUUUAGAGAGUCAGAUAUCAACAAGAGGUCUACGGUCCUGGUCGGGUUCAAUGGUGAAGCCAUGAAUCCCUUGGGAGAAAUCCAGUUGCCAACCUUUCUGAAGGGCGUCAAUACGAUGCACAAGAUCUAUGCGGUAGAUUCACUUGGACACCUAGAUGAGCUGCAAUUAGAUGAAGUGGUGCUGGAUGAAUCCAAGCCAGAUCAGAUAGUUAAGAUCGGAGCAGCAUUACCUGCUGAUCAGAAGGAAGCCAUCAUAAAGUGCUUGAGGGAGAAUUCAGAUUGUUUUGCUUGGUCUCAUCAAGAUAUGAAAGGAAUCAGUCCAGAAGUCAUUACUCACAAGCUCAAUGUAGAUCCCAGCAUGAAGCCAGUGAAGCAGAAGAGAAGGAAAUUCGCACCAGAGCGUAACCAGAUUAUAAAUGAAGAGGUGAAGAAGUUGCUAGAUACUGGUAAGAUAAGAGAAGUCAAGUAUCCAGAUUGGCUAGCUAAUGUGGUCGUCGUCAGCAAAAAGAAUGGAACUUGGAGAGUCUGCAUCGACUUCACAUAUCUAAAUAAAGCAUGCCCCAAGGACCCGUUCCCCCUGCCUCAUAUAGAUUCCAUGGUAGAUGCUACAGCCGGGCACAAGCUGCUUACAUUCAUGGACGCAUAUUCAGGUUACAACCAGAUCCUAAUGCAUCAAGAUGAUCAAGAGAAGACCGCCUUCGUGACAGAUAAAGGAAUCUACUACUACAAGGUGAUGCCGUUCGGGUUGAAGAAUGCUGGUUCUACCUAUCAAAGGCUAGUCAACAAGAUGUUCAAGGACCAGCUGGGGGACACCAUGGAAGUCUACAUUGACGAUAUGUUGGUGAAGUCGAAGAAAGUAGCUGACCAGUUAGACCACCUGAACGAAGCUUUUGGUGUGUUGAGGAAGUAUGAGAUGAAGCUGAACUUAUCCAAGUGCUCAUUCGGAGUAUAUGCAGGUAAAUUCCUGGGCUUUGUAGUAACUCAAAGAGGAAUCGAGGCUAGCCCAGAUCAGGUCCUCCGGGACCUAAAACUCUAUUUAACGUCGCCUCCUUUGUUAUCCGAACCUGCUGAAGGAGAGUCUUUACAACUUUACCUUGCUGUUGGCACACAAGCUCUGGGAUUAGCACUAAUAGAAGCUUACAAGAAUCUACGUCAUUAUUUUGAAACUUACCCAAUAGUGGUGAAAACUAACUACCCUUUCAAGGUUGUGCUACGCAGACCAGAAUUGACAGGUCGAAUGAGCAAAUGGGCAAUUGAACUAAGUGGAUUCGACAUCAAAUAUGAGCCAAGAACAACUAUAAAGUCGCAAGCUCUGGAUGACUUUGUGGCUGACUUCAGCCCUGACCUAGAACAGCAAGCAGCUCAAGAAGUAAAGCAGAUCACUCAAAUCGCAGACCCAGGAACCUGGACCUUGUACGUCGAUGGAUCAUCCAAUUUUCGAGGUGCAGGUCUUGGUGUAGUGCUAAAGUCGCCACAGGGGGACAUGAUGGUACAAUCUAUCUGUUGUAAUUUUAAAGCUACUGACAAUGAAGUGGAAUAUGAGGCUUUGAUUGCAGGAAUGAACCUAGCAAGAAAUCUUGGAGCUUCCGAAUUGCAGGUGUUCUAUAACCAAACAUCAAAACCCAUCAAUCCAGAUUUCGCCAAGCCAGAGCCCAACAGUUCAAAAAUUCCCAAACCUGCUCCAUCCAAACCUGUCAAAGACUACAUUGAAGAAGAUAGAUACGAAAAGAUACUCAAGGACUUUCACGAUGGAGAAUGUGGAGCUCAUUCAGGUGGGAGAACUCUAGCUAACAGGAUAUUAACCUACGACUACUACUGGCCAACAACGCGUAAUGAUGCACACAAGUAUGUAAGUAAGUGUGACAACUGCCAACGCAACUCAGGUAUCACUCACAAACCCUCUGAACCUUUGCACCCUACUUUAACACCAUGGCCUUUCAUGAGAUGGGGCAUGGACAUAGUCGACAAGCUGCCUCCUGCCCCAGGUCAAAAGGUCUAUAUGUUGGCUCUAAAAGAUUACUUUUCUAAGUGGAAAGAAAAAGAAAAAGAAGUUAUCAACUUCAUCUGGACUAACAUAAUCUGCAGAUUCGGUGUACCAUCUGAAAUUAUCUGUGAUAAUGGAUCCCAGUUCAUAAGCGCCCCAACAAGACAUUUUGUGAUAAAUGGAACAUCACUCUUAUUACCUCAAUGCCCAGAUAUCCACAAGCAAAUGGACAAGUUGAAUCUAGCAACAAAGUAA